AUGGCAGCAAUGGCAAUUCCUCUUGGUUGGGAAGUUCUCGCUACAUUAUUUGGUGGACUAGCUGCUGGUCUGAUCUUGGCAAAAACAGCUGAACAAAUCAUAGGUGAGAAAAAGAAGGGAAGUAUCAGACAAGAGUUUCCUGGCCAAUGGCUCGGUGCAACAGUUGAAGAAAUUGAGAAAGCUGCUAAGUCGGGUGAUGCCAGUGCACGAAAGGCCAAAAAACUUUUGACUGACAAACGUUUUGACAAAUAG